UAAGGUCCACCAUGACAUCAAAAUUCCACCUUGAAAUUGUCGGUUUAAUGAAGGAAUACCAAUUUCAAGUGGCUAAGAGCAUUGCCGAGGGACUGAAACAAAUGUUUUCCCCCUCCUUUUUGGACCCAACAAUCCGCCCAUUGUUCGAAUGUGAAUGGCAUGUUUACCUUACCAAUAAGAAAAAGGAGCUGAGGGGGGAGGUGUGGCAAUUUUCCAGCAACCAGAUGUGUUUCGUGAAUGGUUGUCUCCUUGGCAAUGAGAAGGACCUUACCAGCUGGGCUGAGAAGCAGUGGAAGUUCACUUUCCCCCGUCCACAGGCACUAUACUUGGCCCUUGCUAAUGACUACUAUUCUAAACACCUCCGCAGCACUGGGCACACCUUUGUUUACAUGGACAUUUUUAUCUCAGGUGAAUCGGUUGGCAGAUUACUGUUUGAGCUUUUCACAGAACUGUGUCCGAAGACAUGUAAAAACUUCCAGACUCUGUGCACUGGGGAGGCGGGAAAGUCACAGAGUGACCUUCUUCUGUCUUACAAAGGUUCUAUCUUCCAUCGUGUAGUGCUCAAUGGCUGGAUACAAGGGGGAGAUAUUGCUUCAGGCAAGGGCAAUGGAGGAGAGUCCAUCUAUGGUCCAACUUUUGGAGGAGAUGGUGAGAGCGCACCCCCAGCUGCUGUACAGAGCCUCAAGAGCAAGAGAUUUGUAGGUGUUAACAUCACAAUGGACCGGAAAUGAUCCCACCACACGACAUUGUGAUGGAGAAUGCACAACAGCGUUUCUUCACCUAAGGAAGCCUAAGAGAUGUCCUGAGGAUCUUCACAAACUGUCUGGAUUCAAACCCACAAUGCGGCAUCAGACUGCAGCUAAUGGUCCAGUGGCCAUCCUCGGACACUUACAUGUUUCUUUAGGGCCACAUCUUAGCAAAUUCAAAAAUAUGCAUGCAGAAAUGUAUGGAGAUAUAUUGUUUGUGUAAUCAAGGCUAUUGAUGGUCUAAACACUAACAUGUGCCUCUGGGAUCUCUGCUAGAUGAAAGCUUUGCAGUCUCCCACAGUAAGAGAGGCAUCCUAGGAAUGGCCAACCAGGGUCCUCAUAGCAACAGCUCACAAUUCUACAUC